AUGAGGAGGUCACCGGACGUCAGCCCGCGGAGACUGUCCGACAUCAGCCCUCAGCUCCGGCAGCUUAAGUACUUGGUGGUGGACGAGGCGAUCAAGGAGGAUCUGAAAUGGUCGCGAUCCGUGGAGGACCUCACUAGCGGGCCAGUGGGACUCACGUCCAUCGAGGAACGGAUCCUGCGCAUCACAGGCUACUAUGGCUACCAGCCCUGGGCGACGAGCUACAAAAGGGAGGAGCGCCCCCGGGAGCCCCCGGGCCCUGCAGAGGCCCAGGCACCAGCUGGGACAGAGGCUGGCGGGAGGACGAGGCGGCACCGCGGGACACGGUCUCAAGAGCAGCUGAGGAAGGUCUUCUGGGGUGUGGCCGUUGUGUUCUGCGUGUGUGCCUCCUGGGCUGGCUCCACACAGCUCGCCAGACUGACUUUCAAGACCUUCGAUGCACCCUUCACUCUGACUUGGUUUGCCACCAACUGGAACUUUCUGUUCUUCCCAUUGUACUACGCAGGGCAUGUGUGCAAGUCCACAGAGAAGCAGUCUGUGAAACAGAGAUACAGGGAAUGCUGUCGGUUUUUUGGAGACAAUGGCUUGACUUUGAAAGUGUUCUUUACCAAGGCAGCACCAUUCGGUGUUCUUUGGACUCUCACAAACUACCUAUACUUACACGCAAUAAAGAAAAUAAAUGCUACAGAUGUCUCCGUGCUGUUCUGCUGCAACAAAGCUUUUGUUUUCUUGCUGUCGUGGAUCGUUCUCAGGGACAGAUUCAUGGGAGUGAGGAUCGUGGCUGCCAUCCUCGCCAUCGCAGGCAUUGUCAUGAUGACCUACGCAGAUGGUUUCCACAGUCACUCAGUCAUCGGCAUAGCCCUGGUGGUGGGCUCUGCUUCCAUGUCAGCCCUCUACAAGGUUCUGUUCAAGCUGCUGCUAGGCAGCGCCAAGUUCGGAGAAGCGGCCUUAUUCCUGUCCAUCCUGGGUGUGUUCAACAUUGUCUUCAUCACCUGCAUUCCCAUCAUCCUCUACUUCACCCGAGUGGAGUACUGGAACUCCUUUGACGACAUUCCAUGGGGAAACCUCUGCGGGUUUUCCAUUCUCUUAUUGACAUUCAAUAUUGUAUUAAAUUUUGGAAUCGCUGUCACGUAUCCCACACUGAUGUCUCUCGGAAUUGUCCUCAGUGUACCUGUGAACGCAGUGGUCGAUCACUAUACCAGUCAGAUAGUCUUCAACGGAGUCCGGGUCAUCGCCAUCAUCAUUAUCGGCCUGGGCUUCCUCCUCCUGCUCCUGCCAGAAGAGUGGGAUGUCUGGUUAAUCAAGUUGCUCACCCGCCUCAAAGUGAGGAAGAAGGAAGAGACCGCAGAGAGCAGUGGGGACUUGGGCACAGGUCCCCAGAGCAGGAGCAGAAGAGCCCGCCCAUCCUUCGCUCGCUGA